AUGUCUGCACCUGUUGUUAGCACUGAUCUUCAAGAGAUUACAAUUAAAGAGACAAUUCCUACUGAAAUUGUACAUGAAGAAGCAGUUUCAAUGGAACCUGUUGAGAAGGCAGGAGUAGAAAUUAAACCAGAAACUAAAGAGGAAAUGUCUAUUCAACUUGACGUUGGUGCUAACCCUGUUGAGAAAACAGAAGUUGUAUCCAUUAAUAUUGGUAAACCAGAAAAAGUUGUCACUGAAAUUAAAAAGACAGAGGUUGAUAUUAAACCUGAAACUAAAGAGGAAGUCUCUAUUCAAUUUGACAUUGGUGCUAAACCUGUUGAGAAAACAGAAGUUAUAUCUAUUGAUAUUGGUAAACCUGAGAAACCAGUCAGUGAAAUUGAAAUGCAAGUGGCACCUCAAUUACCUGAAGUUGUUUCUAUACAAAAAGAACAGAUAACUAUUGAUAAGAAGGAAAUUAUCAUUAGCAAAGAAGAAACCGAAGUUAUUCCAGAAAUGUCUACAGUUGAUAUUGUGCAAGAAAGUACAAUUCAAAUGGAAGCUAAAGAAAUGGAAAUUAAAGAGAAGAAACCACAACUUACUGAUAUUACAGCAAUUUCUACUGCUGUAAUGAAGGAAAAACAACCAGAAGAAGAAGUGAAACCUGUUUCUGAAAUUCAACCAAUAGAUGUAUCUGAGACGGUAAUACCAGAGAAAGUUGAAACUGCUAAAGUUACUUCAAUUAUAACUACAAGCACUGAGGAAAGGAAGACCAAGAUUUCUCCAGAGAAAAUUAGUGAUAUUCCUGUGGAAAUGGUAUUAUCAAUUGACUCUAAGAAAGUCACAUCUGAAGAUCAGUUACCAAUGGUUAUAAAGACUGAACAGACAUAUACAACAGGUGAAGAGGAGGUAGAGAAAGAAAUCACAGUGCAGACAUUGGAAAUGCCAUUACAAGACACAGUAACUGUAAAACCAGUGGAAGAAACUGAUGUUACUGAUAUGGUUGUCGAAAUCAGCAAGGAAAGUGAAAUGAAUCCUGUGAGUAAAGAAGUGAAAGAUAUCUCUGAAAUGACCAUUAUAAGUGCUCCAUCAGUAAGUGUUGUGAGUACAGCUGAAGAAGAACUUUCUGAAGAAGAAUUCUUUGAUAUUCCAUCAACUGAAGAAAAGAAAGUGGAACCUAAAGAGGUUUCUGAUGAAGAAAAAGACACAUCAGUUAGUGUACGUGAUGAGAUUCGCACAGCAGAAGAUGUGUUAGUUGAUGCUAUUGAACAUAUCACUGAUAUAGAAAAAGAACAUGUAGAGAUACCUGUGUCUGCACCUGUUGUUAGCACUGAUCUUCAAGAGAUUACAAUUAAAGAGACAAUUCCUACUGAAAUUGUACAUGAGCAAGUAAUUUCAGAGGAACCUGUUGAGAAGACUGAAGUAGAAAUUAAACCAGAAAUGAAAGAGGAAAUGUCUAUUCAACUUGAAAUUGGUGCUAAGCCUGUUGAGAAAACAGAAGUUGUAUCCAUUGAUAUUGGUAAACCAGAAAAAGUUGUCACUGAAAUUAAAAAGACAGAGGUUGAUAUUAAACCUGAAACUAAAGAGGAAGUCUCUAUCCAACUUGACAUUGGUGCUAAACCUGUUGAGAAAACAGAGGUCAUCUCCAUUGAUGUUGGGAAACCAGAAAAAGUGGUAACUAAAAUUGAAAAGACAGAGGUUGAUAUUAAACCUGAAACUAAAGAGGAAGUUUCUAUUCAACUUGACAUUGGAGAGAAACCUGUUGAGAAAACAGAAGUUAUAUCUAUUGAUAUUGGUAAACCUGAGAAACCAGUCAGUGAAAUUGAAGUGGAAGUUGCACCUCAUGUACCUGAGAUAAUUUCUAUACAAAAAGAACAGAUAAUUUCAGAUAAAAGGGAAAUUUUAAUUAGCAAAGAAGAAACUGAAGUUAUUCCAGAAAUUUCUACAGUUGAUAUUGUGCAAGAAAGUACAGUUCAAAUGGAAGCUAAAGAAAUGGAAAUUAAAGAGAAGAAACCGCAAAUUACUGAUAUUACAACAAUUUCUACUGCUGUAAUGAAGGAAAAACAACCAGAAGAAGAAGUGAAACCUGUUUCUGAAGUUCAACCAACAGAUGUAUCUGAGACGGUAAUACCAGAGGAAGUUGAAACUGCUAAAGUUACCUCAAUUAUAACUACAAGCACUGAGGAAAGGAAGACCAAGAUUUCUCCAGAGAAAAUUAGUGAUAUUCCUGUGGAAAUGGUAUUAUCAAUUGACUCUAAGAAAGUCACAUCUGAAGAUCAGUUACCAAUGGUUAUAAAGACUGAACAGACAUAUACAACAGGUGAAGAAGAGGUAGAGAAAGAAAUUACAGUGCAGACAUUGGAAAUGCCAUUACAAGACACAGUAACUGUAAAACCAGUGGAAGAAACUGGUAUUCAGAUUUCUGUGAGUUCUACAAAAGCAUCUGCUAUUGAAGAAGCCCCUGUUGAAGAUGUAACUGAUAUGGUAGUCGAAAUCAGCAAGGAAAGUGAAAUGAAUCCUGUGAGUAAAGAAGUGAAAGAUAUCUCUGAAAUGACCAUUAUAAGUGCUCCAUCAGUAAGUGUUGUGAGUACAGCUGAAGAAGAACUUUCUGAAGAAGAAUUCUUUGAUAUUCCAUCAACUGAAGAAAAGAAAGUGGAACCUAAAGAGGUUUCUGAUGAGGAAAAAGACACAUCAGUUAGUGUACGUGAUGAGAUUCGCACAGCAGAAGAUGUGUUAGUUGAUGCUAUUGAACAUAUCACUGAUAUAGAGAAAGAACAUGUAGAGAUACCUGUGUCUGCAGCUGUUAUUAGCACUGAUCUUCAAGAGAUUACAGUUAAAGAGACAAUUCCUACUGAAAUUGUACAUGAAGAAGUCGUUUCAAAGGAACCUGUUGAGAAGAUAGAAGUAGAAAUUAAACCAGAAAUUAAAGAGGAAAUGUCUAUUCAACUUGAAAUUGGUGCUAAGCCUGUUGAGAAAACAGAAGUUGUAUCCAUUGAUAUUGGUAAACCAGAAAAAGUUGUCACUGAAAUUAAAAAGACAGAGGUUGAUAUUAAACCUGAAACUAAAGAGGAAGUCUCAAUCCAACUUGACAUUGGUGAUAAACCUGUUGAGAAAACAGAGGUCAUCUCCAUUGAUGUUGGGAAACCAGAAAAAGUUGUCACUGAAAUUGAAAAGACUGAGGUUGAAAUUAUACCAGAAAGUAAAGAAGAAGUCUCUAUCCAACUUGACGUUGGUGCUAAACCUGUUGAGAAAAUAGAAGUUAUCUCCAUUGAUAUUGGUAAACCUGAGAAACCAGUGAGUGAAAUUGAAAUGCAUUUUGCACCUCAAGUCCCUGAGGUUAUUUCUCUAGAAAAAGAAGCAAUAACUACUGAUGAGAAGGAAAUUAUCAUUAGCCAUGAAGAAAUCGAAGUUACUCCAGAAAUGUCUAUAGUUGAUAUUGUGCCAGAAAGUACAGUCCCUGUUGAAGUCAAAGAUUUGGAAAUUAAAGAGAAAGAAUCACCAUUUACUGAGCUUAAAUUGAGCAUUCCUGGUCCUGACACAUUUGAAUCAUUGAAAGAAGGUGUUGAAGACAUAGGUGAUUUGCCAGUUCCUACAGAAAUAAAAGGAACAGAAGAAUAUAGUGAAGAAAAUAUUACAGAAAUAUCAGAGAAGGUUUUAAAGGAAGCUAAGGAAACAAAAGAUUAUUCACCCAAAUUGCAAGCAACUACAGGCAUUGAAAUGGAUAUCACUGUACAAAGAGCUUCAUUUGUAGUAGAACCAAGUACAUAUGACAUAGUAGAACAUACUGUAGAGGCAAAAGAUGUUGAAAAAGAAAUAGGAAAAUCAGAUGAUGUUUCUAUUUUACAAAGGGAACAAAUAACGAUAGAACCAACAAAAAUUCAGAGUCAAACAGUUAAAAAUAUACAAAUUGAAACUAAAGAUUCAAAAGAAUAUGGCAUUAAACCUGAAAGUAAACAAGAAGUCUCUAUCCAACUUGAUAUUGGUGCUAAACCUGUUCAGAAAACAGAAGUCAUAUCUAUUGAUAUUGGUAAACCUGAGAAACCAGUCAGUGAAUUUGAAAUGCAAGUAGCACCUGCAGUAUCUGAGGUUAUUUCUGUAGAAAAAGAACAGAUAACAACUGAUAAGAAGUUAAUUAUCAUUAGCAAAGAAGAAACUGAAGUUAUUCCAGAAAUUUCUACAGUUGAUAUUGUGCCAGAAAGUACAAUCCAGAUUGAAGCUAAAGAAAUGGAAAUUAAAGAGAAGAAACCACAAAUUACUGAUAUUACAGCAAUUUCUACUGCUGUUAUGAAAGAGAAACAACCAGAAGAAGAUAUAUCUGAGACGGUAAUACCAGAGAAAGUUGAAACUGCUAAAGUUACCUCAAUUAUAACUACAAGCACUGAGGAACGGAAGACUAAGAUUUCUCCAGAGAAAAUUAGUGAUAUUCCUGUGGAAAUGACAAUAUCAAUUGACUCUAAGAAAGUCACAUCUGAAGAUCAGGUACCAAUGAUUAUAAAGACUGAACAGACAUAUACAACAGGUGAAGAAGAAGUGGAGAAAGAAGUUACAGUGCAGACAUUGGAGAUGCCAUUACAAGACACAGUAACUGUAAAACCAGCGGAAAAAACUGGUAUUCAAAUUUCUGUGAGUUCUACAAAAGCAUCUGCUAUUGAAGAAGUUCCUGUUGAAGAUGUAACUGAUAAGGUUGUUGAAAUCAGCAAGGAAAGUGAAAUCAUUCCUGUGAGUAAAGAAGUGAAAGGUAUCUCUGAAAUGACCAUUAUAAGUGCUCCAUCAGUAAGCGUUGUCAGUACAGCCGAAGAAAAACUUUCUGAAGAAGAAUUCUUUGAUAUUCCAUCAACUGAAGAAAAGAAAGUGGAACCGAAAGAGGUUUUUGAUGAAGAAAAAGAAACAUCAGUUAGUGUAUGUGAUGAGAUUCACACAGCAAAAGAUGUGUUAGAUGAUGCUAUUGAACAUAUCACUGAUAUAGAGAAAGAACAUGUAGAGAUACCUAUGUCUACAGCUGUUGUUAGCACUGAUCUUCAAGAGAUUACAAUUAAAGAAACAAUUCCUUCUGAAACUGUACAUGAAGAAGUAGUUUCAGAGGAACCUGUUGAGGAGACAGAAAUAGAAAUUAAACCAGAAACUAAAGAGGAAAUGUCUAUUCAAAUUGACAUUGGUGCUAAACCUGUUGAGAAAACAGAAGUUGUAUCCAUUGAUAUUGGUAAACCAGAAAAAGUUGUCACUGAAAUUGAAAAGACAGAGGUUGAUAUUAAACCAGAAUCUAAAGAGGAAGUGGCUAUCCAACUUGAGAUUUCUGAUAAACCUGUUGAGAAAACAGAGAUUACUAGAAUUGAUAUCGGUAAACCAGAAGAAGUAGUCACUGAAAUUGAAAAGACAGAGGUUGAUAUUAAACCUGAAACUAAAGAGGAAGUGGCUAUCCAACUUGAGAUUUCUGAUAAACCUGUUGAGAAAACAGAGAUUACCAGAAUUGAUAUUGGUAAACCAGAAGAAGUAGUGACUGAAAUUGAAAAGACAGAGGUUGAUAUUAAACCUGAAACUAAUGAGGAAGUGUCUAUCCAACUUGAGAUUUCUGAUAAACCUGUUGAGACAACAGAGAUUACCAGAAUUGAUAUUGGUAAACCAGAAGAAGUAGUCACUAAAGUUGAAAAGACAGAGGUUGAUAUUAAACCUGAAACUAAAGAGGAAGUGGCUAUCCAACUUGAGAUUUCUGAGAAACCUGUUCAGAAAACAGAGAUUACCAGUAUCGAUAUUGGUAAACCAGAAGAAGUAGUCAUUGAAAUUGAAAAGACAGAGGUUGAUAUUAAACCAGAAUCUAAAGAGGAAGUGGCUAUCGAACAUGAGAUAUCUGAUAAACCUGUUGAGACUACAGAGAUUACCAGAAUUGAUAUUGGUAAACCAGAAGUAGUCACUGAAAUUGAAAAGACAGAGGUGGAUAUUAAACCUGAAACCAAAGAGGAAGUGGCUAUCCAACUUGAGAUUUCUGAUAAACCUGUUGAGAAAACAGAGAUUACCAGUAUCGAUAUUGGUAAACCAGAAGAAAUAGUCACUGAAAUUGAAAAGACAGAGGUUGAUAUUAAACCUGCAACUAAAGAGGAAGUGGCUAUCCAAUUUGAGAUUUCUGAUAAACCUGUUGAGAAAACAGAGAUUACCAGUAUCGAUAUUGGUAAACCAGAAGAAAUAGUCACUGAAAUUGAAAAGACAGAGGUUCAUAUUAAACCUGCAACUAAAGAGGAAACAGAGGUUGAUAUUAAACCUGAAACUAAUGAGGAAGUGUCUAUCCAACUUGAGAUUUCUGAUAAACCUGUUGAGACAACAGAGAUUACCAGAAUUGAUAUUGGUAAACCAGAAGAAGUAGUCACUAAAGUUGAAAAGACAGAGGUUGAUAUUAAACCUGAAACUAAAGAGGAAGUGGCUAUCCAACUUGAGAUUUCUGAGAAACCUGUUCAGAAAACAGAGAUUACCAGUAUCGAUAUUGGUAAACCAGAAGAAGUAGUCAUUGAAAUUGAAAAGACAGAGACAGAGGUUGAUGUUAAACCUAAAACUAAAGAGAAAGUGGCUAUCCAACUUGAGAUUUCUGAUAAACCUGUUAGGACAACAGAGAUUACCAGAAUUGAUAUUGGUAAACCAGAAGAAGUAGUCACUAAAGUUGAAAAGACAGAGAUUGAUAUUAAACCUGAAACUGAAGAGGAAGUGACAAUCCAAUUUGGGAUUUCUGAGAAACCUGUUCAGAAAACAGAGAUUACCAGUAUCGAUAUUGGUAAACCAGAAGAAGUAGUCAUUGAAAUUGAAAAGACAGAGACAGAGGUGGAUAUUAAACCUGAAACCAGAGAGGAAGUGGCUAUCCAACUUGAGAUUUCUGAUAAACCUGUUGAGAAAACAGAGAUUACCAGUAUCGAUAUUGGUAAACCAGAAGAAAUAGUCACUGAAAUUGAAAAGACAGAGACAGAGGUUGAUAUUAAACCUGAAACUAAAGAAGAAGUGGCAAUCCAAUUAGAGAUUUCUGAUAAAUCUGUUGAGAAAACAGAGAUUACCAGAAUUGAUAUUGAGGAAGUGGCUAUCCAAUUUGAGAUUUCUGAUAAACCUGUUGAGACAACAGAGAUUACCAGAAUUGAUAUUGGGAAACCAGAAGAAGUAGUCACUGAAAUUGCAAAGACAGAGGUUGAUAUUAAACCUGAAACUAAAGAGGAAGUGACAGAGGUUGAUAUUAAACCUGCAACUAAAGAGGAAGUGGCGAUCCAAUUUGAGAUUUCUGAUAAACCUGUUGAGACAACAGUGAUUACCAGAAUUGAUAUUGGUAAACCAGAAGAAGUAGUCACUGAAUUUGAAAAGACAGAGGUUGGUAUUAAACCUAAAACUAAAGAGGAAGUGGCUAUCCAGUUUGAGAUUUCUGAUAAAUCUAUUGAGAAAACAGAGAUUACCAGAAUUGAUAUUGGUAAACCAAAAGAAGUUGUGACUGAAAUUGAAAAGACAGAGAUUUCUGAUAAACCUGUUGAGAAAACAGAGAUUACCAGAAUUGACAUUGGUAAACCAGAAGAAGUAGUCACUGAAAUUGAAAAGACAGAGGUUGAUAUUAAACCUGAAACUAAAGAUGAAGUGGCUUUCCAACUUGAGAUUUCUGAUAAACCUGUUGAGAAACAGAGAUUACCAGAAUUGAUAUUGACAGAGGUUGAUAUUAAACCUGCAACUAAAGAGGAAGUGGCGAUCCAAUUUGAGAUUUCUGAUAAACCUGUUGAGACAACAGUGAUUACCAGAAUUGAUAUUGGUAAACCAGAAGAAGUAGUCACUGAAUUUGAAAAGACAGAGGUUGGUAUUAAACCUAAACUAAAGAGGAAAGGAAGUGGCAAUCCAAUUGAGAUUUCUGAUAAACCUGUUGAGAAAACAGAGAUUACCAGAAUUGACAUUGGUAAACCAGAAGAAGUAGUCACUGAAAUUGAAAAGACAGAGGUUGAUAUUAAACCUGAAACUAAAGAGGAAGUGACUAUCCAACUUGUGAUUUCUGAGAAACCUGUUGAGAAAACAGAGAUUACCAGUAUCGAUAUUGGUAAACAAGAAGAAGUAGUCUCUGAAAUUGAAAAGACAGAGACAGAGGUUGAUAUUAAACCUGAAACUAAAGAGGAAGUGACUAUCCAACUUGAGAUCUCUGCGAAACCUGUUGAGAAAACAGAGAUUACCAGUAUCGAUAUUGGUAAACCAGAAGAAGUAGUCACUGAAAUUGAAAAGACAGAGAUUUCUGAUAAACCUGUUGAGACAACAGAGAUUACCAGAAUUGAUAUUGGUAAAGCAGAAGAAGUAGUCACUGAAAUAGAAGAGACAGAGGUUGAUAUUAAACCUGAAACUAAAGAGGAAGUGGCUAUACAACUUGCGAUUUCUGAGAAACCUGUUGAGAAAACAGAGAUUACCAGUAUCAAUAUUGGUAAACCAGAAGAAGUAGUCACUAAAAUUGAAAAGACAGAGGUUGAUAUUAAACCUGAAACUAAAGAGGAAGUGGCUGUCCAACUUGAGAUUUCUGAUAAACCUGUUGAGAAAACAGAGAUUACCAGAAUUGACAUUGGUAAACCAGAAGUAGUCACUGAAAUUGAAAAGACAGAGGUUGAUAUUAAACCUGAAACUAAAGAGGAAGUGGCUGUCCAACUUGAGAUUUCUGAUAAAGCUGUUGAGAAAACAGAGAUUACCAGA